AUGUCUGACGUUGACGAUGAACUUCUCGCCCUUGCGGGUGGAGAUUCAGAUGAUGAGGGCUCUGGCAACGAGAGCAGAGGUGCUUCAGCGUCGCCGCAGUCGGCGAAGAGGAGUGGUUCGAAGAAAGGGGCAGGAAAUAAGUCGCGAAGGGACGGCGGCGAUGAUUCCGAGGAGGAAGGCGAGGCCUCAUCUGCGCCAGGAACGCCAAACUCACUCGAAUCUGCCCCAAUGGACGAAUCUGACUCUGACGCCGAGCCAUCCAGAGGCCGAGCUGCCGCCGCGGAUGACCAUGAUGAAAACUACCCAGUCGACGGCCGAUACAAGAGCCAGAAGGAAAAGGCACAGAUCAUGGCCUUGCCCGAACUCGAACGUGAACAGAUCAUUGCCGAUCGCAUGACUGAAAUCGAGCGUCAGCGCCAAAACCGUCUGCUUCGCCAGAUGGUCAGCCAGAUGGAAGGUGACGAGCGCAAGCAGGUCAAGAAGAAGCGAAGUGCCGGGACUGCCGAGUUGGAAGAUGGCGAUCGAAAGGCCUCGCGACCGCGUACCGAGAACAAGAGAGAGACAGCCAUGGAUUCGCUGCGCCAAGCAAAGGCCGAAAAGGCACGCCGCCGAGAGGACCUCGAGAGACGAAAGGACAAUUACUCUCCACGGGGAGGCGAUUCAGGGGCCGAUGACAGCGAUGACGACUACAACCGUGGACGAUCCCAAACACCCGAAGACGACGAGAUUCGCGAUCAACCACCAGCUGAGCUUCGUGAUUACGAUCGUGUUCGACUGGGCCGAAAUGAAUUCGCUCAGGUCUGUUUCACUCCUGGCUUUGAGCAAGCUAUUACUGGAUGCUACAUCCGUAUUGCUCUCGGCCCACAUCCUGAAACCGGCAUCGAGCAGUACCGUAUGGCAGUUAUAAGAGGCUUCGCAACCAGCCGCCCAUAUGCUCUUCAGGGGCCUAAUGGUUCGUUCGUCACAGACCAGUACGUUAAGGCGGCGCACGGAAAGGCAAUCAAGGAGUUUCCUUUCAUCGCCGCCUCAAGUGGAAAGUUCACAGAUAGCGAACUCAACCGAUAUAAGGUUACCUGCCACAAUGAGGGUGUUACUCUUCCUACCAAGGCCUUUCUCAUGGACAAGGUUGACGAGAUUAACAAAUUGAUUAAUCAUUCAUGGACCACCGAGGAUAUCAAGGCGCGUCUCACAAGGAUAAAGGAACUGAAGCGACGAUUCGAUCCUGCUGAGCGAGAGCGUAUCGCUCAGUUACUCGAAGAGGCAAGACAGCGUGGUGACGACGACAAGGCAGAAGAGCUUCAAGAGGAGCUUGACAACCUUGGCUCACAACGUUUGGCGUUCAGGACGAGCCUGGGACUAUCAAAACACUCCGAGGCCCCCAAGGGCCAGACUGAGCAGGAUCGACUGGCUGAGCGCAACCGAGAGAAUCGCCGUUUAAAUGCGGAAGCAGUGCGCAAAGCCCAGCUAAAGGAGAGGGCGAAGUCGAAGGAUAUCGAGGGAGCCUUGAAGCGUGGUGAGACGUACCAAGGCGACAUGUCAAGGCGAUUGAGGACCAAGGCCAAGUUUGUCCACGAUGGCAAUGACAAGGCGGAUCAGCAGUCAGGAGGAAAUGAUAGCGGGACUAGUACCGGCACACUGAAGCCGUCAGCCAAGUCUCAGUUGGUAUCUCAUCUUGCAAAGCUGCAAGAGGAGAAGCAUAAUGAGAAGGGCAUUCCGACUAUCCAUAAGCCGCUUAUGGACGACGAUGUGAUUGGGUCACUGGAUCUGGAUAUAGAUGUUGAAAUUUGA